AGUGCGCACCAGUCUCGCGGGGGCGUGGAUGGCCAAGAGAUCUUCGUGAUAACAGUACUCUGCUAGUUUAGCUUUUGUAGCUCAUGGGUUACUACGAACUCAUUCGAUAAAUAUUGAACUUCAUUUAUUAACCGAUUAAACAGACAAUAUAUUAUAACUUUAGUAGCUCUCUGUUAACCUUUAUUCCCUUUAACUGUUGCUUGUUUUGCUGAGUAGCAGUAGCUCAUAGCUAUCUAGCUAAACCUAGCUAGCUGUGAGCAUAGCAGCUAACUGUCAGUAGCCAGAGCACCGCAGUUUCAUAAACAAACCUGACGUUAUUGUUAUUUACACUAAUGCAACACCCAAAUUAGCAGUGGCAGAAAUAGUAGCUCUCACGCCAUCGACGAUGUCGCUAUCAGAGGAUGUCCCUGUAGAUGAAUGGCCCUGAGAAGUGAUCCAGUUGGAUGAGUUUGCGAAAAUGUCUUGUAAAUCAACUAAGGUGGCCCCGAGUGUUGAUUUCGACCACAGCUGUUCCGACAGUGUGGAAUAUUUGACUCUAAACUUUGGCCCAUUUGAGACUGUUCAUCGCUGGAGAAGACUUCCUCCGUGUGAUGAGUUUGUUGGUGCAAGGCGCAGCAAACACACUGUUGUGGCAUACAGGGAUGCUAUAUACGUAUUUGGAGGAGACAAUGGGAAAAACAUGCUGAAUGAUUUGCUCCGCUUUGACGUGAAGGACUGCUCCUGGUGUCGGGCUUUCACCACUGGAACACCUCCAGCUCCUAGAUAUCACCAUUCAGCAGUGGUCUAUGGCAGCAGCAUGUUUGUCUUUGGAGGAUACACUGGAGAUAUCUACUCCAAUUCAAACCUGAAAAAUAAAAAUGACCUUUUCGAGUACAAGUUUGCCACAGGCCAGUGGACUGAAUGGAAAGUAGAGGGGAGUUUACCGGUAGCCAGAUCUGCACAUGGUGCUACAGUCUACAAUGAUAAGCUGUGGAUAUUUGCUGGCUACGAUGGAAAUGCCAGGCUCAAUGACAUGUGGACCAUCAGUCUGCAGGAUCGAGAACAUGCAUGCUGGGAAGAGAUUGAUCAGAGUGGUGAGAUUCCCCCCUCUUGCUGUAACUUCCCUGUGGCCGUAUGCAGGGAUAAGAUGUUUGUAUUUUCUGGUCAGAGUGGAGCCAAAAUUACUAACAACCUCUUUCAGUUUGAGUUCAAGGGUCACAUGUGGACACGUAUCCCAACCGAGCAUUUACUCCGGGGCUCCCCGCCACCUCCCCAGAGGCGUUAUGGGCACACUAUGGUUGCCUUCGACCGCCACCUGUAUGUAUUUGGAGGUGCUGCUGACAACACUCUGCCUAAUGAGUUACACUGCUAUGACGUGGACUCUCAGACCUGGGAGGUGAUCCAGCCCAGUCUUGACAGUGAGAUGCCCAGUGGGAGACUCUUUCAUGCUGCUGCUGUUAUUCAAGAUGCUAUGUACAUCUUUGGAGGAACUGUGGACAACAAUGUGCGAAGUGGGGAGAUGUACAGAUUCCAGUUUUCAAGCUACCCAAAGUGUACCCUCCAUGAGGAUUAUGGUAAACUGUGGGAGAACCGCCAGUUUUGUGAUGUGGAGUUUAUUCUGGGUGAGAGGGAGGAGAGAGUCUUGGGGCAUAUUGCCAUAGUGACUGCAAGAUGUCAGUGGCUGCGUAAGAAAAUCCUACAGGCUCGGGAUAGGCAGCGGCAGAGGACCAAACAGGAGAGCAGUGAAGAAAGUGAUGAGGGAGCAGCUGGAGGCCCGAGGGAUAUCCCAACAGGCAAUAGGCCAUCGGGCACACAGCUCCUGCUGGAGGUAUCCAUUAGAGAAGCAGAGGCCCAGCCUUUUGAAGUCUUAAUGCAGUUUCUCUACACUGACAAAAUCCAGUACCCCCGCAGAGGUCAUGUCCAGGAUGUGCUUCUGAUCAUGGACGUAUACAAAUUGGCCCUCAGUUUUAAGCUUUCCCGGCUGGAGCAGCUUUGUGUACAGUACAUUGAGGCAUCUGUGGACCUGCAGAAUGUGCUCAGUGUUUGUGAAAAUGCCAACAAGUUGCAACUGGACCAGCUCAAGGAACACUGUCUUAAUUUUGUGGUGAAGGAAUCACACUUUAACCAAGUGAUCAUGACAAAAGAGUUUGAGCAUCUUUCCACUCCACUGAUAGUGGAAAUAGUUCGGCGAAAGCAGCAGCCUCCACCCAGAGUGUACUCAGACCAGCCCGUGGAUAUUGGUACGUCCCUUGUUCAGGACAUGAAGGCUUACCUGGAGGGAGGUGGCCUGGAGUUCUGUGACAUUAUUCUGCUGUUAGAUGGUCACCCACGGCCUGCACAUAAAGCCAUCCUGGCAGCCCGCUCCAGUUACUUUGAGGCAAUGUUCCGCUCCUUCAUGCCAGAGGACGGUCAGGUAAAUAUAUCCAUCGGUGAAAUGGUUCCAAGCAAGCAGGCUUUUGACUCCAUGCUGCGUUACAUCUACUAUGGUGAUGUCAACAUGCCUCCAGAGGAUUCCCUCUAUCUGUUUGCAGCACCGUAUUAUUAUGGCUUUUCCAAUAACAGGCUGCAGGCUUACUGUAAGCAAAAUCUGGAGAUGAAUGUCACUGUGGAGAAUGUCUUGCAGAUUCUCGAGGCAGCAGAUAAGACUCAGGCUCUGGACAUGAAGAAGCACUGCCUGCACAUUAUUGUCCACCAGUUCAUCAAGGUAUCCAAGCUCCCCAACCUGCGGUCUCUCAGCCAGCUGCUAUUGUUGGACAUCAUUGAGUCUCUAGCUACACACAUAUCAGACAAACAAUGUGCUGAGAUGGGCUCUGAUAUUUAGGAUGACUCCAAGAAUGAGACCCCCACCCCCCUUCCCUUCAUUUUUGACCUUGCAUGUUUCAGACCCUGUACAAUAGAUGCCAUUUAUCUAGACUGCACCAGGUUCUUUUAUUCUACCCUUUAUCUCAGUCAGCAGAAACCUGAUUCUAGCCUUAAAUUGACAAUGUAAAAAUCUAUAUGUUUAUUAUCCCAUUUAUUUAUUUUGUAUAAACAGAAAAUUGACGGGUUUUUCUCUGCUCAAUAUGUCUCUUGUAUUUUUUAGAAAUACCUACAGGUACCAGUUACUGUAUGUUCAUUUUUAUGACACAAGAAAUCUGUAAGUGCUGUUUUUAAGAUAUUUCCUCACAUUUGUCUUUUCAUUUAAGUACAUGUUGUAUAACAUAAGAUAGAAAAUGUAUCUAAAUCUCCAUUGAUUGCUUGGAUUCUCAAGAAUGACAGAAUCGCAGACUGGAUCAAACAUAAGAAACCAAAGUAAUAAAAUCAUUAGAAUGUGUGAAUCAUUUUGUUGUUAUACAUCUUUUAGUGUUACUAACAACAGCAACGUUUAUGUAUACAACAUAGCAAUGAGAUUCUAAGUAUGGUGUUUUAAAAUGUAUACCUGCAUUGGUUUCAUGCAUUUCAAGCCUUAAUAAAUCUUACUGAAGCAGUCA